AUCAUUUCAUGACUUUACUUCAAGCAACAUAGACGUGCCGAAGAAUGGGCACUCUGCAAUCACGACCGCGAGACUCGAGUGUAGGAAUCUCGAAGAAAGGUGUAACUGUUAUAACAUUCAGAUUUGGAGGAGAUGAUGAAGAGGAAACGCCGAAGACAGCGGAGGUGUCCCAGAUGCGCCCCCUGAAACCGACCCAGAUACGGAACCGGUCCGGGGCGUAUGUUUGGCAGGUGAACGACCUAAUGAAGCUCCAGCGUUUCAUCUUCCUUGGCUCUGACAACUCCUUCUGCUACAAGGCUAGCAACAACGAGCCCAAACGCGAGGAUGCACUCUGCAUAGACAGGUUGAUAGCAGAAGGUCGAGGAAAAGAGGUGGUUGAGCUGAUAAAGGCCAUCAGCCUUGAGGGCAGGGCCGCACGCCAGAACCCCACCAUAUUCGCACUCGCCGUGUGCGCGCGCUCGAACGACAAGCAGACGAAACAGGCUGCAUACGAAGCCUUCCACCUGGUUUGUCGUAUCCCUACGCAUCUGUUCAUGUUCAUCCGAUACUGCGAAAAGGAAUCCACGGGUACCGGCUGGGGGCGCGCGCACCGCAACAACAUCAUCAAGUGGUACAUGACGAAAAGCAACAAUCCAAUUAAUGUAUGUCGCAUGACGACAAAGUACAAAAAACGGGAAGGGUUCAACCAUUGUGACGUCCUCAGACUAUCUCACCCGAAGCCCACUGACCAUGUGACCCAGGUUCUCUUCCGAUAUCUGACCAAAGGCUUUAAGAAAAUGCAAGAGUUAGUCAAUAACGUCCCGGACCUGAAAAUGGACGAAACAGUGACGAAAAUGGUCGAGUUCCUUACGGCGGUAGAAAAAGCCAAGAGUUGCACAGACGAAGACGAACUGGUCGGAAUUAUAGACAAAUAUGGACUGGAACGUGAACACAUGCCUACACAAUUGCUGAAUUCGAAGAAAGUUUGGGAGGCGUUGAUUAAGAACCUUAAGAUGGAGGCUACAAUCCGGAACUUGGGAAAGAUUACCAGUCUGGAAUUGUGCGAGAAAGACUCCUGGGUGGAGAAGGAAAUUGUUGAGCGUCUCACUGACCAGGACCUGUUGAUAAAGUCGAGGACCCACCCGUUUAAGGUGUUGCUGGCGUUACACACCUACAAGUCUGGGAGGGGCGAUAAGGGGUCUCUUCGAUGGAGCCCUAACCAGGCGGUCUUGGACGCGCUAGAGAAGGCCUACUACAUGUCCUUCAAGGCCGUCGAGCCCACAGGAAAGCGCUUCCUGCUCGCAAUUGACGUCAGCGGCUCCAUGAUGGCACCUUGCGUCGGCAGCUCAGCGCUCACGUGCAAGUUGGCGUCGGCAGCGAUGAUGAUGGUGACGAUGAGAACUGAAGAGAAUUGCGACAUUGUGGCAUUUUCGCAUCGCCUAUUGCCGCUGGAAAUCAACAAAACUGACGAUUUGCCGACCGUGAUUAAGAAGACGGAUGACCUUCCAUUCGGUGGCACCGACUGCGCGUUACCCAUGCUUAAUGCACAACAAGAGAAAAAAGAAUACGACGUGUUUAUCGUGUAUACGGACAGCGAGACCUGGUAUGGUAAAAUCCACCCGUCGCGGGCCCUUCAGCAGUACAGAGAGGCUAUGAACAUGCCUGAUGCAAAAUUGAUUGUCGUCGGAAUGGCGUCCAACGGCUUCACGAUCGCAGACCCCGAUGACUUCGGAAUGUUGGACAUUGUCGGCUUUGACUCCGGAGCAACACAGACCAUUGCCAAAUUUAGCAAGGGGGAGAUGUAAAUGAACUAAGGGCGAACUUUGCUCUGUGAUAAUUUGACGGUAUACUACCGUCCAACGGCUACACGAUCGCAGACCCCGAAGACUACGUAAAGUUGGACAUUUUCGGCUUUGAUUCCCGAACAACGCAGAAGAUUGCAAAUUUAACAUGGGAUUGAGAUGUUUAUAGGCUAAUAUUGGAUAAAAAUUCCUGUGUGAUCAUUUUGUUAACGCCCAUUCUUAACAUUUUAUAACAUGCACAUGUGUUUUUAUCGCCCAAAACCAUUCUGUAUAGGUGUAAAUACAAUAACGUCUGUUACCUGUUUCCGAACCUACACUCUUCUUCGGCCACAACCUUUUUUAUCUUUUGAAAGUUAAAAAUUAAGUGUUUUUGCUUUUUAACAAUACCGGUGAUGCUAAUAUUGACUGUAAAGGUGUUGUAUUUCUAAGCAUCUAAACAUGAAAACAGAAACAAACAUAUUGAUUUUAACGCCUAAUCACCAUACCUUAAGACAAUGAAAAAAGAGAAUUUGCAAACUUAUCUGAGCCCAGUUGAGUUCUUAAUUUUGUGCAUAAAUGUGUUUACAUACACUUCAGAGACGGAAUAAUUGUGUUGUGCCCUGAAAAUAAACUAUCUGUUCAACUCCCUGCGUACCGAGGUUGCGCUAACGGAGAUAUGUUUCAAUCCAAGCGUUUUUGUUUCACCAACACGCCUAUGCUCGUUAUACUGAACUGUGUUAUUGACAGGAUGUUGGCUUGGAAUAGCGGCUGCCCCGGUUAUUAUACUGUGAAUAAGUUAUUUAAGUUCAUUGCACAGACAGUAUUACAAACACAUAUGUGCACGUCGUUUCGACUCAGUUUGGCAUUUUGAUAUCAUUUAAAAAUGCAGAAUGCGCUUGUGUACAUAGUUGUCUUCAUCAACACUGAGCUAUAUUUCUAGUUGCCUAUCUGUUCAUUUUGUUUAUUUUGUUUUGCUAAUAUCAUUUCAUUAUAAUUGUCAUAUUUAUCUUCUAAAAUAAAUAAAAUAAAUAUCUAUCUAAAAGAAG